GCUUCUCCAGGUAGUACUGAAUCUGCCCCCUCCCGGGGGAGAGCGGAGGAGCGUUAAUAAAUCUCUAAGCCGAGGAGGAAACUCCGGGGCAGUGCGCCGAGCUCCGGCUGCUCGUGGAGAACCGCGACCGAGCAGCAGCGCCGGCAUUAGCGGCGGCUGGAGCAGCGCAGCGGACAAAAUACAAAGAGACCACAACAGAAGGGAGCCCCUGGCCCUCUCGUAAACACUGACCCUUCCACCGUCGCCUCCCCCUUGCACCGCGCGCGGUGGUGCUUGGUGCCCGAGUCCACUCGGACUUCUAUGUGACCGCGAGACUGCCGAAGGAAGGAUCCUCGGGACAAGAAGGUCGCCUGUGGGAGCCCCCGAGUGCCAAGUUUGCGGCCACUUUCCCUCCCUUAGCCCUUGCCGAGCCCUUUCUGUAGCCCAGCUGUCCCGGCUCUUCUUCGCCUGCUCUGGUGCCCUGCAGCCGUUGUUCCCGGCGACCAUGGUGACCGUGGAGGAGCUACGGGAGAUGGACUGCAGCGUGCUCAAAAGGCUGAUGAACCGGGACGAGAACGGCGGCGGCGCCCUGGGGCUGGUGAGCGGCGGCAAGUGCCUGCUGCUGGACUGCAGACCGUUCCUGGCGCACAGCGCGGGCUACAUACGAGGCUCGGUCAACGUGCGCUGCAACACCAUCGUGCGUCGGCGGGCCAAAGGUUCCGUGAGCCUGGAGCAGAUCCUGCCCGCUGAGGAAGAGGUGCGCGCCCGCCUGCGCUCCGGCCUCUACUCGGCAGUUAUCGUCUACGACGAGCGCAGCCCGCGCGCCGAGAGCCUCCGCGAGGACAGCACUGUGUCGCUGGUAGUACAGGCGCUGCGCCGCAACGCCGAGCGCACCGACAUCUGCCUGCUCAAAGGUGGCUAUGAGAGGUUUUCCUCUGAGUAUCCAGAGUUCUGUUCCAAAACCAAGGCCCUGGCAGCCAUCCCGCCCGCGGUGCCCCCCAGCACGGCCGAGUCCUUGGACCUGGGCUGCGGCUCCUGUGGGACCCCACUGCACGACCAGGGGGGUCCAGUGGAGAUCCUCCCCUUCCUCUACCUCGGUAGUGCCUACCAUGCGGCCAGAAGGGACAUGCUGGACGCCCUGGGGAUCACGGCCCUGUUGAACGUCUCCUCGGACUGCCCCAACCACUUCGAAGGGCACUAUCAGUACAAGUGCAUCCCCGUGGAAGACAACCACAAGGCGGACAUCAGCUCCUGGUUCAUGGAAGCCAUCGAGUACAUUGAUGCGGUGAAGGAGUGCCGGGGGCGCGUGCUGGUGCACUGCCAGGCGGGCAUCUCGCGCUCGGCCACCAUCUGCCUGGCCUACCUGAUGAUGAAGAAGCGCGUGAGGCUGGAGGAGGCCUUCGAGUUCGUCAAGCAGCGACGGAGCAUCAUCUCGCCCAACUUCAGCUUCAUGGGGCAGCUGCUGCAGUUCGAGUCGCAGGUGCUGGCCACGUCCUGCGCAGUGGAGGCCGCCAGCCCGUCCGGGCCCUUGCGUGAGCGCGGCAAGGCCACCCCCACGCCCACCUCGCAGUUCGUCUUCAGCUUCCCGGUGUCGGUGGGCGUGCACGCGGCCCCCAGCAGCCUGCCCUACCUGCACAGCCCCAUCACCACCUCCCCCAGCUGUUAGGGCUGCUCCGGGAUCCCCGAACCAGGGGCCUUCAGCUACCCGACCUGCGGGGGCCGCGGGCCGGCAGCCAGUUGGGACUGACCAGCGUGGGGCAGGCGACCCAGCCCCUUCCCAUCCACUUCUCCUCGGCCGACCACCGGGCCGCCAGAAUGGCAAUAAGGACUUUGAAUACACAUUAAAAGCAAACAAAACCCUCCAACUUAGAGCAAUAAUGGCUGCCUCCACAGGCAGGGAAGACCUUGGUUUGGUUCAUGUGCCGGUUUUAGUUUCAGACAGGAAUUUCUUACCUCAUUUUUUUAAAGCAGUAAGGCUUGAAGUUAUGAAACCCACAGGUCCUGGCAAAUGUGCCCACCCGGUUUUGUUGAGGGGGGUGGUGAGGGGGAGGGAGGGGGACCAGAAGAAAGCAAGUUUGCCAGAAGUGCCUGGUUCCGUGUGCUUGGCCCUAUUUUUGUUGUUGAGGUCACAGGACUUUUUUUUUUUUUAAGGAGUCUUUGAGGGCGUGGUUUUCUAAGUCACAAACACGUGAAUCAUUAUGCUUAAUAAUAAAUAAAAGUAUUUAUUAAGAACUUCCGCAGAAUACCUAAGUCUGAGGGGGUCUAGUGGCAUGGCUGGAUAGGUUUGUGUUGCUGUGGACCAUCGGAUCAGGACCCCUGUGGUGCCUGCAGGGGUGGCCGGGUUAGCCUGAUGACCCCCGCGGGCCUGGCACUGAGAGGCAGGCAGGGUGGGGGGAGAGGAGGGAGAAAGGGACCACUUCUUAAUGACCUUCUAAGCCGGUUCCUGGGCAGGCAUCACUGAGCGAUUUCAGACGCACCCACACGGCCUUUCCGCUCUGAGGCUCAAAACUGCAGCUUGGCGGCAGGAGCGUUUUUCUCAUAGACCCGCCUGAGGUCUCGUUCCGUCACCUGUGAUAAAUGCCACACCAUACGAGGUGCUCCUGAAAAAAAUUGGGUGCCAUUCAGGCUUUCCUACUGUCAGUCAUUUGGCAAGGCCACUGGGGACCCAGCCCACCAGAGGUGCUGGAAAUGAAUCCUUUUCCUGCGAGUUCGAGCACCACUGUUUUCUUCUGCAUAUGCUGGGGUCUGUAAUUUUAGGGGGGGUUACUUGGAAUGAAGUAACAACCAACACAUUCGCAUUCCUGGCUUGGGUGAACAUUUUCAGAGGCCCUCCAGAAUAAGAAGGGGGAGGGGAUGGCGAGAGCGUGCGUGGGGAGUCAGGGUGGACCCUGCACUUGGGAGCUGGCGGCUGGGCUUCUGUGACAGGCUGCAGGGGCACUCAGGUGUCCUUUUAGGGUCCUUUCCUGCAAUAAUGCCACGUAAGGGGCCUUCCAAAUGGAGGGAGAAGGAUGUUUUCUGUGGGUGGGGCUUGUGGGGAGGGGAUGGGAACAAGCUACACGUUAUUUCAUUUGUAGUUUUGUGGAAGUGUUAAUAGAGUGCCAGAUUAGAGGUGAUUGCAAACUUGUGUAGAGAUGAGAGCAUGUUUUUUUUAAAACCCUUUGAGAGUCUAGAUCUAAACAUUCUUGUUCACCCAUCACUAACUUCUGGCCUCAGUGUCAGAGUGGUGUUGCAAUGCGCUUCUGUCUGGGCGGUCCAGACUGGACCUGGUUUGUUCAUUUCCUUCCAUAAACGUGAGCCUCUGCUGGCACCUGUGCUGGCAUCAUCCCUCCUGCCUUUGUCAGGCCCCAUCUUCGGGUGCUGCUGGAGUGCUUGCAUCCCAUCUUUAGGAAAGCCCGAGGCACCCUCCAGGGUUCACCCUCCAUUGGCUGAGCAGCGGUGAGGGCUGGAGGGGCUGGGGAUCCGGGACAGCGGAAAUAUUUAGAGACGGCACAGUCGGAUGUUCCCACCUUUUUCCUUGAUUCCUGGAAGUCGCUUCCUGUUCUGUGAUAAACAAGGUCAAGUAGCGUCUGCAGCUGAGCAGGCUGCAGAGGAGCCUGGGUGGAGGGGGCUGCUGGAGCGGGGAGGGAAAGUAGCCUGGGACAGAUUGACUUUUUCUAGAACGAGUAUACAUUUGCCGAAACCUAUGCCUCCUGCUUUCCCGGACUGGAUUCGCAGACAUGUGGACGGUCGGAGCUCAGCACCGGCCGCAGAGAGGUCUCUGCCUGCUUUCCACGUCAGGUCGCCCAGCACAGUGUCCAACUGUUGUUUAUUAUGAGCCAUUUUCGGUGGGCUUGAUAAGGGCCUGAGUCUCAACGCUCUUAGGAAUGAAACAGGAAAUUGGCUUGAUUGGCAGAGGGGGUUCUGGGUGGCUCUUCUCCCGCGAGAAGCCACUCGGAUGGCUUGGGGCAGCUCUGAGGAAGAUGCAGCCGCAGGGCCAGUCCCCGGGGCCGGUGGGUUUCUGUCUACAUCCCUCCCAGGAAGUGAUUUCUUUUGUGAAAUUUCUGUAAAGGACUGAAAACAUCACCACUUUCACUGAUUGUCAACGACUGUGCUGUUGGUGAGAAAAGUCCGUGAACUGUGCCAUCUGUAGAGAACAGGGAAUGCUUCCAGUUCCCUUGCAGUCUCUGCGCGACCCAAGGGCGUCUGUGGAGCACUGAGGGAAAUGGACUUGACCUUCCCACAGCUGUGUUAGGCCGAAGUCACCACGAGCAGGUGGCCAGGAGCUCCCAGCAGUAGCCCUCCCCUCCUGAGGCCGUUGUCCUCAGGUGCUCAUUCCAGGUGGAUCCCAGCCAGUUUUCAACGAGUGGGGAACCCAGGGGAAAAGAUUUAAGGCUUUGGGAAGGUGGACAGAGGGAGAUGGGAUGGUCGAUUCAAGCGUGACACAGGGCUGUUGGCCACCAUGCCCAUUUAACUUAAAAUGGUUCACCUUGACCGCCCACUUGCGUCCAUCAGGGAGCUGAGAAAACCCUGCUGCCAAGCCAUCCCAGACCAACGAAACCAGGAUUCCUGCAGAGGGACGCAGGUGUCAGCCUGUUUCAAAGCCCUCUAAGUGCUCUCCUGUGUAAUAGCCUGCAUUCGGGAAGCUGCUGUCUGGUUGGCAAGGUGCAGCGGGAGGGCUGGGCCUUGCUCUCAGAGGGUGACUUCUUGCACAGAAACUGCCGCCAGGGGCUUGCCACUGGCUCAGCCUGGUCUCACUUUCAGUCCCAGCCAAGCGGUUGAGAUGGUUUUCCUCAGGAGCUCAAGGAGCUCCUUGACCUGAAUGGGCACCGUUUCCUGCUCCUUGAAAGCUGACCCGGGGAGCAGUGUUAGGGGACUGAGGACAGUGCAUGCAUGUUGAUGUGUUCGCUGGGAGUCUUGUCUAGCAGGAAGAAUGGACAGCUUCACCUCGAAGGCGCCCCUCCUGCCCCAGGACCACAGGAGCAACCUGUCCGUCCUUAGAGUUCUUGAGGCGCAGCAGGAGGAGGCUGCUCCAGGGCUGAGCAGCGCAAUCCUGGUAACUUCUGUAUGUAAAUAGCCCCAUCUUCCAGAGUGAUGUCAUUUCUACAUUUGAUAUGCUUGUAUUUCUGUAGGAUGUAUAUAGUGUAGGGGAUUUUUUUUGUUUGGUUUUGUAUUUUAGAAAAGCAAACAUGUCUGUUUUUAUUUAUUGCUUGAAGAAAUCAUUUGACGGAAAAUAAACACAUUUUC